ACUGCAAAUCAAUGAAGCCAGUCAAACGGACGGGGCUGGGCGGUCGAAGUUGGGACAAUUUACGGAGGUUUCUGUUGCCGGAUAGUCGACGACAACAAGGAUAUGUAUACAGCGAAUAUGCGUAGAAAGCUAUUUUCUUGUCCUUUAGCGGAGUAAGGAGGAUACCCAUUUCAAACAAAUUCCUACUUAUGCGUGUAGUUUGAUGUAUUUCGAUAGAAAUUUGUAGCUUAACAAAACUAAACCUUCCCCUCCACCUCCCCGUUCCAACUGAGGAUGAUUUUUGCUAAUACUGGAAACCCGCUGAGGACUCCGUAUCGCAAACAGCCACCUCUGGUCCCAUCGUCACAUCCCAUGGCGCCACCCAGCCCGAGCACCAACAGCAGCACCAACAACAGCAGCAGCAGCAGCACUGCAGGCUGGGACCAACUCAGCAAAACAAACCUCUACAUCCGAGGUCUGUCCCCUUUAACCACAGACCAUGACCUGGUCAAGCUCUGUCAGCCGUAUGGCAAAAUUGUAUCAACAAAGGCCAUCAUGGACAAGACUACAAAUAAAUGUAAAGGAUAUGGCUUUGUGGACUUUGACAGUCCUGCUGCAGCUCAGAAAGCCGUUGCUGCCCUGAAGACCACUGGUGUCCAAGCUCAGAUGGCAAAGCAACAAGAACAAGACCCAACAAACCUCUACAUCUCCAACUUGCCUUUGUCUAUGGAUGAACAGGAACUGGAGAACAUGUUAAAGCAUUUUGGCCAGGUUAUAUCCACUCGCAUCUUGAGGGACUCCAGUGGAGUCAGCAGAGGAGUUGGCUUUGCAAGGAUGGAGUCAACUGAAAAAUGUGAUGCAGUCAUUUCUCACUUCAAUGGAAAGUUUAUUAAGACACCUGCAGGCGUCCCAGCCCCAUCUGAACCAUUGCUGUGCAAGUUUGCUGAUGGCGGACAGAAAAAGAGACAAAGUCAGAAUAAGUUUGGCCAGAAUGGUCGGCCCUGGGCAAGAGAUGGUGAUUCCAGACUGGCUGGAAUGACGCUCACAUAUGACCCCAGUACAGCUGCUAUGCAAAAUGGAUUUUUUCCACCACCAUUCAGUAUUUCAAACAGGAUGAUUGCUCAAACGUCCAUGUCUCCUUACAUGUCUCCAGUUUCAACAUAUCAGGUGCAGAACCCAUCCUGGAUGCCUCAUCAACCCUACAUCAUGCAGCACCCAGGUACAGUGAUAUCGCCCUCUAUGGACCCAUCCAUGUCACUGCAGCCUACUUCCAUGAUGGCCCCUAUCGCUCAGCAGAUGAGUCACCUGUCUCUGGGUAGUGCAGGAACGUUUAUGGCUACUAACACAGCUAUGCAAGGAGCAUAUAUCCCACAGUAUGCACACAUGCAGACAGCAACUGUUCCUGUGGAGGAAAAUGGAACACAUUCACAAGUGGACUCAUCCGGCAAUCAUUCCCCCUAUUCCUACCAACAAACCAAGUAGUGCUGAGGUAACAUUUGGACAACAGCUAAAACAAUCAUGUCUACACAUGCAGUGGACGCUAAGGAUCUUUCACUGUUUUGCGCAGAUUUUGCAAAUGUUUAAGCGAGACUAUUUUUGGUAUCAUUUUCAGAGAAUAUAUCUGAGUUCAUGAAAUGAUUCAAAUUAUAUUUAAAAAAGUUUUAUUUUCAUACUAGAAAACGUUUAUUUUUUACUAGGGUUUGCCACAGCAUACAAGAAAGAAUCAUGUGACUAGUUGUGCAAAAUACUUGGUAGUAAAUACGUCUUUUGACUUUUUCUUUCUGAAGUUUUUUUUUUUUUUUUAUCCAGACAUUUUGAAAAUGAUGUUUUUGUGCUUGCUGUGUGAGUGUUGCUAUGGUGAAGUGUUCAGUGUUGUUUUCUUGUAAAGUGAUUUCUCUUAGAAUUUUAGAUUGAUCUUGCUGUCUGAGUAAAAUAUGCCUUAAUAGUUUUGAUACAGUAGUUGUACAGACCACCACAGAGCGGCAAUAAGCAAAAAAUGUUGGAAUUUAUUGCCUGUGAAAUCAGAUUUUUUUUUUUUUUUAAAUGUGUGUUUUCACUUUUCCCCUCCCAAAACUAAUAGAAAAGUAGAAGAAAUUUUAGAAAAAUGCAACGAAUUCAAUGACUCCAGAUCCGAUUAUUUUAUUGGAUGCAAUAUUUAUUUAGGCCCUACAUUUUGUGGAUAUUGAAAAUGUUACAAAUUCCGCUGAAAGGUCACAUUUUUACUCUUGCCUUUUUGAAUACUUGGUAUUGUAGAGUAGCUGAAAUCGGUCGGGUGGGGGAAUAAGAUGGGCAAAUCUUUUUCGUUUGUUGGUUGUGCUUUUGCUUUUUUGGGUGAUGUUAAUUGUGUUGAUGGGGUUUGUAUUUUUCACUUUGAUUUGAAAAACUAACAGGAAAACAUGGACGUAUGAUUGUGAAGAAAAAAAUCGAAGCCUUAUAUUAGAACUUAGGCAAAAAUUCAGUGAGUUGGGGGAUAAAAUGAGACUAAUAUGUGUAUUUUAUUGCACCUCACUCUUUGAUAGGAAACAAACAAACUUGGCACUUUCAAAUGUAGUUUACGUCACCAAAGAUUGUUAGAUAGUACACUGAGGAAAUAGCAUCAUUUAUCUCUUUAACCAGGACAUGUAACUCUGCAAACUAGAUUGCAGUUUGGACAGUGUGCCUUUUUUGUGCAUUUACCUUCAGUUCUCUUAACUAUUAGUACAGUACAGACACACGCAAGCAUGAAGGAAGGCUCCAAGUGCCACAGAUGACUUUCAUGAUGACAGGAAAAAUGGGAAAUGCAGCAUUAUAGUAAAUAUAAUAAGUUAAAAAGACAAAAUAUUAAAACUGUCAAAUGACAGUGCGUCUGAUACGGCAAAAAAGGUAAUUCUUUUUUGAAAAUAUUGGGAUAAAGCAAGCGUUUUGAUUAAGGUGUCCUCCAUUCAGCCUGUGAUUCGACCUGGUGGUCAGUCAGAUCAGUUAUCUACCUCAGAGUUUUCUUUCUUCUCUGUAUUAGGUCGGGUUAGCAGGUCCAGCCCGCCCUUCACGACCAAAUGCCACACUCAGGAGCUGGCCACAUACAGCUGUUUCCUUUCAGGUUGUUUUGAAUACUUCUUGAUUUUCCUCAAACCUGUUUGUUUUUUUUAAAUUAUUAUCUCUUAUUGUAAUCACAAAGAAGGGGGGGCAACAACACGUUUCUACUAAUGUUCACACAUUCACUUUCAUAGCUUCUCCUUUUAUGGCAUCAGAUUCCAGAGCCUGAUCCAAAGCUUUUAAGAUCAACAGAGCUUCGUGGCGUUCACUGGAUCUGCACUAUUUUCAACAAACGUGUUUGUUGCUUUGUCUUGGGUCUAGAAAAAGCAGCAUUUCCUCUGUAGUUAGCUGGGGUGCGUGAAAAACGUAAAGGACCGCUGUGAUGAUACUUGAGAUUUCUGUGUAAUGCCUGAGACUGACAAGUAAUACUGUCUUGUGAGGUUUAUGCUGCUAGUGGUGUCUGAACCAAGUGCCAUAGUAUCUGGGUCAAGAGUUGAAGAGGUGCAUCCAUGAAAAAUUGCUCAUAUAAGUAACCACCAUAUUGAAAAGUCAUUAAGUUAUAUGAAAAAGUUCUAAUUUAUGAAGAUUUUUUGUACAGACAGACUAAGGAAAUAAGAGAUUUUCAUAGAGCUAUAUGAAAGUUUUUUUUUUUCGUUUUUUUUUUUUUUUUUUUACUUGUGCCACAGUUACUAGAGGUAACUUGUAUGUACAGUUUAAGGAAUCUCUCUUCUGUAUGUUUGUUUUAUAGUGUUUGUUAAAGCCCAAACCUUUUUUUCAAUAGAUUGUUGCCCAAGGUUUAUUCUGUUAAUUUCUUUGACGUUUUUGAAUAAAAAAAAUUAAAAAUCAA